UUUUUUUUUUUUUUUUUUUGUUUUCUUGGGAAAAAAUUGAAAGGAGAUGGCUGGUGAUGAAGAUUGGGUAGAAAUCAAGUUUAGACUCGCAGAUGGUACUGAUAUAGGUCCGAGCAAGUUUGAUCAAUCUAUGACUGUUUCCUCUCUUAAAGAGAAGAUCAUUUCUCUAUGGCCUAAAGAUAAAGAAAAUACUCCAAAAAGUGUAAAUGAUGUGAAGCUCAUCAAUGCCGGGAAAAUACUGGAGAACAAUAGGACACUUGCGGAAUCCAGGCUUCCGGUUGGGGAACUUCCUGGAAUGAUCAUCACUAUGCAUGUUGUUCUUCGCCCUCCUUCGCUAGACAAAAAGACCGAAAAGCUGCAGAAUGAUCCACCGAUUAAGAAUCGCUGCAUGUGCACCAUUUUGUAGCUGCAAGUAAAUUGGAUCAUAGAGAAUUUAUAUCCUUCAUGAUAAUGGCAUUGGUUGAUGAUGCUCCAUGGAACAGCUUCUGUAGCUUCAAACAAGCUUUGAGAAGUUCCUUCCUUCAGUACAAAAUGAUUGGCAUAGACAUAGAAAACAAAUGAUCUUCAUUAAAGAAUUUGGUUCCAUGUGUGUGGUUGUUAAUUUAUUUUUCAUUUGUUUUUUCUGUCAAAAAUGGCUCCACAAAAUGUACUACGAUUCUUGAAGGAUGGUUUUUCGUAUAAGUUAUAAUGUUCGAAGUGAUU